GGAAAGGUAGAUUUUUCAAUUACAACAUAAAUACGUUUCACUUGUAUUGGUUUCGAUCUGUUGUAGAGCCCUGUAUUUUUACUCCAAAGUCUGAACCUUUAACUAGCAGGUAAAACUGCUGUACAGCACGUGUUCUGGGGCGCCUCUGAUUGGCUGUCAGUGCCGGGAGCCGAUUGGCCUCCUUUCAGACUCAGCUGAGUUGGUCAUGUGACGUUGGAGUAAAUUCUACUUCCGGGGUACCGCAUGAAAGCUCCUUUAUUUAAAAACAAGGUUACUGGACGUAAAUAUUAAAUUUUGUUCGACGUAACUGCGUACCUUUAGUUGAUUAGAUUGGAGCGUUUAAUCACUGAAAGGGUUUUAUUUUUGCCCUCUGCUUUGACUUUUUGUUUGAGGUCAUUCGGUAUCUACCUUCAGAUCAUAUUCUUGAAAGUUAAUAUUCGGGCUUUGUUAGCUGUAUUCCACAUAUUUAAUGUUUAUGUUGCACAGUAGUUAGAGGCAGAGAGAGGUCUCUCCGUGUGUUCGUCCUUAGUGAGAAGCCUUUCUGCCCGUUUCCCUGAUUCGGUGUCGCUUGUUUGCCGGACAAGACCGGUUCAGUGAGUCAGACAGACAGAUGGGUGUCGAAGUGACAGAGGUGUCUCUCCGUUUGGAUGAGCUGCUUUUGCAGUUCAUGGAUCAGCUGGAACUCCUCGAGGAUAGAAAAAGGACUUUGAAUUCACUCAUAGAGGAGGGCUGGUUUGCGAUCUCCAAAGCGCGCUACGCCAUGGGCAACAAGAGCGUGUCUGCCCUGCAGUACGGCAGCGAGAUGGAGCCGCUCGUCCACGUCCACCACAGGGCGCUGGAGACCGGCGAGGUUGCUUUCCGCACCGAGAGGAAGGAGCUCCAGCCUCCCGGCGGGUUCCCAGAGGAGAUCGGGCCGAAAGAGGAAGGCAUGAGAAGGAGAAAGACAAAUAAACCGAAGGACCCCACAGAGGAGCCUCAGGAGCCUCAACAGGCAUCUUUGCUGAAAGACGUGAGCAGGCAGGUCGGAGGACAGCCUCAGCCUCAGGACCCACUGAAGUGGUUUGGCAUCCUGGUCCCACAGAGUCUCAAACAAGCUCAGUCCAACUUCAAGCGGGUGAUCGAGCUGUCGGCCGAGGUGGCAGCCCUGCAGACCAGACUCAUGGCCACGAGGCGGGAGAUGCAGAGGAGCCUGCAGGAGAAGCGGGAGCUCCUGACGGGGAAGGAGGAGCAGUGAGGAGUGCAUGACCCCGCCCCCUGUAGAAAGAUGUGACCCCGCCGCCAGGAGUAGGCCAUGACUACCUGAAGGGAACAAGUCAAGAUUUAUUCCAUGCCGAACGGAGAAGACACAACAUUUCAGCGUGGUAGCCUUCUUCUUCGGGGUCCACACCCAAAGAAGGCUCCACAGUCGAAACAUUGUGUUUCUUUUCUUCUCUUUUCAGCCAGGAGUAAACCUUCACUUGUUCCUUUGCAGCCUGUGCUUGCUGACGCAGCUGCCUGCUUGAACUGUUUCAUGACUGCCUGAAGCCCACACUAUGGUUCAAAGCAGUUAGAGCUGCUGUCUUUUACUUAUUUUCAGCACUGUGCAUGGUCUACACAGUACAUAUGGAGGAGUAGCGACAGCUUUUAGCUUUUCUUC